UAAAAACACUUGUCAAAGACGACGGUAAUUUUGUAAUUUGAAAGUUUGUAAACAUUAAAAUCAGAAAUUCCAAUUCCAGGUGCUUUUGUGUCUCAAUAAUAGCCAAUGGAGGAUUACCUUAAUUAUACUUUAAAUGUUCUGAAAUCACGAAAUUAUGUUAAUCUCACCAUUGUCCUUGGUAACGAGAGUUGUGAUCUCGAUUCAGCAGUCAGUUCCCUCGUUUACGCUACAUUUCUACAUUGGCAGCACCAAAAAAUGAAAUGUAAAGUUUGUACAAGAAAUAAAAGAGAUGAAAGUACAUACAAAGAUGACAUUUUUGUAUCUUUAUUAGAUGUAGAUAGACAGGACUUACCUUUGAAGACAGAGGUUGCAUUUUGUUUUAAGGAAUAUGGUCUGAGAGAUAAUUUUUUGCUUUUUAGAGAUGAUAUAGAUCUAAAAAAGUUAGUGGAAGAUAGUAAAAUUAAUAUUGUACUAGUGGACCAUCAUGUUUUGUCAAAGAAGUAUGAGUUUUUAUCCCCAUAUGUCACAGAAAUUAUAGACCACAGGCCUAUUGAUAAGAAUAACUGGAGUUACAAAGAUGAUGUAAGGAGUACGAUAGAAAUUGUAGGAUCUUGUUGUACACUUGUAACUCAAAGGAUUCAGGAUCUUUCAGCAUUAAUGAAUAGAGGUGAUUUCUUUGAAGAUUACAAAGUGUGUGCUGAUUUAUUACAUAGUGUAAUAUUAUUAGACACAGUGAAUUUUUCCAAAGAAGUAAAUAAAGCAACGCCACAUGAUAUAGAUAAAGUGCAAUUUCUCGAAACUAUAUUGAAACCUAGUGAUUGUAUUGAAGAAAGGAAAUCAAAAGUGCAACGUCUAGUUGAAGCGAGGUCUGAUGUGGCGUUACUCAACGCCGCACAAUUAUUGAGGAAGGAUUUUAAAAUUGUCGGCGACGUUUUCAUACCCAGCUUUCCGAUAUUGGUUGAGGUAUAUCUAAGAAAACCCGAAGCCCUAAAGGCCGUUAGCGAAGCACUGUCGCAAAGGAAGUGUACCGUAGCCCUACUUCUAGGCAUGGACUUAACAGGAGCUCUGCGUAGAGAUGGGGCUAUUAUCAGUGAUGAUGCGGAAAAAGUUGAAUUAUUAUCAAAAAUACUUCAAGAAUGGACAAGUCCGUGCCUCCAAUUAUCGCCAGAGGAAAAAUCUGAAUGUUUCUUUUUUAAACAAUUGAAUUUAUCAGCAUCAAGAAAGCAAUAUAUAGAACCUGUUAACGAAUUUUUAAAUAAUUGUAAUUAAUGUUUUAUAUAUUGUUAAUAAAGUUGUUGUU